AUGUCGAGCGAGUUCAACCGAUCAGAAGUCAACGGCGACGGCCCGACAUCAACCCCUACCACCGUCGUCCCCAAUGGCUCAGCAUCAGGCUCAGUACCUACCAGUCCCGCCGCAGCACCCACCAGCGUAGGAGCGUACCGCAGCUCCGGCGGCGCAACAAACGGCGCCCUGCCCAAAGCAGUCAACGAUGUGAUGUACUCGGACAUUGGCGUCGCGACCCUCUUGAAUCGACUCAAGCAAAGCAUAGCCAGCGCUAGGGACUUUGCAUCUUUCCUCAGCAAGCGCGGGAAGCUGGAAGAGGAGCAGGCGAAUGGAUUGAGGCGGCUUGCGAAUACACAGCUCGAGACGCUGAAGCGGAGCGAGGUCAAGACAGGAAGCUAUGCGGCGCAGUUGGCGGAGGUGAUGCGCGUGCAUUUACGGAUGGCGGAUAACGGGAUUCAGUUCGCGCUCUCGCUGUCGCAGAUGCAUGAGGAUCUGAACGAGCUGUCGGCGAAUAUGGAGAGGGGGAGAAAACAAUGGAAGCACGAAGGACUGGACGCGGAGAAGCGGGCUUCGGAUGCUGAGGCGGCGAUGCACAAGGCGAAGACGAGGUACGAUGGGCUUGCUGAAGACUACGACCGAGCGCGGACGGGGGACACGAAGGGCAGCCGGCGGCUAGGAUUGAAGGGGCCCAAGAGCGCGGAGCAGUACGAGUCGGAUCUGCUGAGGAAAACACAACAGGCGGAUCAGGAUUAUGAGGAGCGCGUCAAGCAGGCGAAAAGCCAGAGGCAGACGUUGAUCAGCAGCGAGAGGCCCAAAGCGGUGUCAGCGCUGCAACAGCUCAUUCAAGAAUGCGACAGCGCUUUGACUCUGCAACUGCAGAAGUUCGCGACGUUCAACGAAAAGUUGCUGCUAGGCAAUGGUUUGGCAGUCUCCCCGCAGGACAAGGCUUCCGAUGGGCAGCCGCGCAGUCUGACUAAUAUCAUUCGUGAGAUUGACAACGAUACGGACUUCAACUCAUACAUGCGAGGCCACCUGAGCAAGAUCCCGAACCGGCCAGGCGAGAUCAAGUACGAGCAGCAUCCGACGCUCAUGCCGAAGACGCAGAAGCCAACAGACACGCGCAAUGCCUCUACAGCAUUCUCGCAGACCCCUACUCAGCAGCAGCCAUCACUAUCUCUCAACACUGCUUCUGCUGCUCCUGGAGCAGUUUCGAACUCCGCUUCGGCGAACAGCAGGUACUCGGGCAACACAUCUCAGCCGCCCCAAUCUUCGUACAGCCAACCGCCAUCAAGUUACGGACAAUCUCCCUCCGGCGGCUACGGAGAGAAGCCAUACAUGAACACAGUACAGUCACCAACCUACGGCGGGCCUCCACCUCAACUACAGCAGCCAUCCUACAACUCCAGCUCCUCCCGCGACAUGUUCUCCCCGAGCAGCUUCAGCAAGGAAACGGGAGCGGCAGCACCACCAUACCCGACCCAUCCCAGCGAACGUGCCCCUAACGCCAACAACCCCUACCCACCUCAGCAAACCACCGGCUCCAUCUCCUCAUCCUCCCCCGCUCCUCCCCGCUCAUACGGCUCUCCCGGGCCCAUGUCCCCCUCCCAACAACAACAACACCACCUCCCGCCCCUCCGCCCCGUCUUCGGCGUCAGUCUCGAUGAGCUCUUCGCCCGCGACCAAUCCGCCGUCCCCAUGGUCGUCAUCCAAUGCAUCCUCGCCGUCGACACCUUCGGCCUCGACGUCGAAGGCAUCUACCGCCUCUCCGGCACCGCCUCGCACAUCGCCACGCUGAAGUCGCAAUUCGACCACAACGCUUCCCAGAUCGACUUCCGGAACCCGGCGAACUUCUACCACGAUGUCAAUAGUGUUGCCACGCUCUUGAAGCAGUUUUUUAGGGACUUACCGGAUCCACUAUUCACGCGCGUGGGGUAUCAGGGGUUCGUUGAGGCGGCGAGGAUCGAGGAUCCGGAGCAGAGGAGGGAUGCGCUGCAUCAGAAUAUUAAUGACCUGCCGGAUCCGAAUUAUGCGACGUUGAGGGCUUUGGUGUUGCAUAUGCAUCGAGUUAUGUUGAAUGAGGGGCGGAAUCGGAUGGGGGCGUCGAAUUUGGCGCUUUGUUUUGCGCCGAGUCUGAUGGGCCAGCAUACCGGUGGCCAGAUUGCGGACGCGAGUCUGCAGGCGAGAGUGGUGGACACGAUUUUGGUCAAUGCUACCGCGAUCUUUGACGAGGACUAA